GGCGUAACUUGAGCUUAAAGAUGCCUGAUCUGAGGGAGAAAGUUGCCAUAAUCACAGGUGCUAGUUCUGGCAUCGGAAAGGGGACAGCUGUGGAAUUUGCUCAGCUGGGAGCGCACCUGGCUCUGACUGGGAGAAACCAGGAAAACCUGCAGGCCACAGCAAAGGCCUGUGUGGAGGCAGGGACUCCAGAAGACAAGAUCCUGCUUGUAACAGGAGACAUCUGUGAUGAACAAGUGCAGAAAAACCUGGUGGAACAAACUGUCCAGAAGUUUGGCAGGAUAGAUGUGCUGGUUAACAGUGCUGGCGUUAUCUUAAAGGGCACCAUCGAGACCACAGACAUGUCAGGGUAUGACAGGAUGAUGGACAUUAAUGCUCGAUGUGUGGUGGCCCUGACUCAGCUCUGUGUGCCACAUCUCACAAAAACUAAAGGUGCCAUUGUGAAUGUGUCCAGUGUGACGGGCAUGCGAGCGUUCCCAGGAGUUCUUGCGUAUUGCAUGAGCAAAGCUGCCGUCGACCAGUUCACAAGAUGUGUUGCACUCGAACUCGCUUCCAAGCAAAUCAGGGUCAACUCUGUGAACCCUGGUGUUAUUGUGACGGCGCUACACAAACGUGGAGGCAUGAAUGAAGAGGAGUAUAACAAGUUUCUGGAACAUUCCAAGUCGACCCACGCCCUUGGGAGACCUGGAGAAGUUUCAGAAGUUGCGAAGACCAUCGCCUUCCUGGCCUCGUCGGACGCGUCCUUCAUAACCGGCGCCCAGGUCCCCGUGGACGGCGGGAGGCACGCCAUGUGUCCUCGCAUAAAACGUUUUGGUGGCUUCAGAGAAAUCAGUAAAUUUGGUACAUUUUACGACUUAAACAUUAUAUUUAUCCUAGUGACUCCAGUGUAUGUCACUGGAUACUUUGAGUUGAUAGCGAUGAUAGAUCUUUGUGCUACUGCAGGUGCCAGUUCUGGUAUCGGGAAGGGGACAGCUGUGGAAUUUGCUCAGCUGAAAGCGCACCUGGCUCUGACUGGGAGAAACCAGGAAAACCUGCAGGCCACAGCAAAGGCCUGUGUGGAGGCAGGGACUCCAGAAGACAAGAUCCUGCUUGUAACAGGAAACAUCCGCGAUGAAGAACUGAAGAAAAACUUGGUGAAUCAAACUGCACAGAAGUUUGGCAGAAUCGAUGUACUGGUAAACAAUGCCGGUACCGCAAGCUAUGGUACGUUGAUGAAAACAAACAUGGCGGAGUAUGACAGAACGAUGGACGUCAACGUUCGCAGCGUGGUCAGACUGACUCAGUUGUGUGUUCCACAUCUUAUAAAAACUAAAGGUGCCAUUGUAAAUGUUUCCAGUCUUAACGGAAUGCGAGCGUUUCCAGGAUUACUUUCUUACAACAUGAGUAAGGCAGCAUUGGACCACUUUACAAGAUGCGUUGCUCUUGAACUGGCGUCGAAACAAAUCAGGGUCAACUCUGUCAAUGCCGGCGUGAUCCCGACAGAGAUAUUCAAACGUGCAGGAAUGGGCGAAGAGAAAUAUGCCAAGUUUCUGGAACAUUCUAAGACUACGCAUCCCUUGGGAAGGGUGGGAGAAGUGUCCGAAGUUGCGAAGACCAUCGCCUUCCUGGCCUCUUCGGACGCGUCCUUCAUAACCGGCGCCCAGGUCCCCGUGGACGGCGGCAAACACGCCGUGUGCCCACCUUAACUAUG